AUGGCGCCGGACUCGCUGCCGCUCGGCAUUAUCCCGACGGUGGACAUGUCGGCGCCGUCCGGGCGCGGCGACCUGGCGCGCCGGCUGGUGCGCGCGUGCGCGGAGCGCGGCUUCUUCAAGGCCGUCAACCACGGCGUGCCGCCGCGGGUGUGCGCGCCACUGGACGCCGCCGCGUCGGCGUUCUUCGCGCGCCCCGCGCAGGCGAAGCAGGCGGCGGGGCCGCCGGACCCGCUGGGGUAUGGCAGCCGGAACAUUGGUGCCAACGGCGACGUCGGCGAGCUGGAGUACCUCAUCCUGCACGCCCAACCCGGAGCGGUGGCGCGCAAGGCCAAGGUCAUCGACGCGGAGGAUCCUUCACGCUUCAGUGUAGCAGUGAACGAGUACGUGGGCGCAGUGCGGCACCUCGCGUGCCGGGUCCUGGACCUCCUCGGCGAGGGCCUCGGCCUCGGGGACCCGACGUCCUUGAGCCGCCUCAUCUCGGCCAUCGACAGCGACUCCCUCCUGAGGAUCAACCACUACCCUACGUCCAGCGGCGCGGCGGACAUGUCUGCCAAGGGCAUCGGGUUCGGCGAGCACACCGACCCGCAGAUCCUCAGCCUGCUCCGCGCCAACGACGUCGACGGCCUGCAGGUGCUGCUGCCCGACGGCCACGGCGGCGGUGACCAGUGGGUCCAGGUGCCGGCUGACCCGUCCGCCUUCUUCAUCAACGUCGGUGAUCUCCUUGAGGCCCUGACAAACGGGCGGUUGGUGAGCAUCCGGCACAGGGUGAUGGCCAGCACCACCAGGCCACGGCUGUCCACCAUCUACUUCGCCGCGCCACCGCUCGACGCCCGUAUCGCGGCGCUCCCGGAGACGGUGACUGCCGGCGCGCUGCGGCGGUACAGGACCUUCACGUGGGCGGAGUACAAGAAGGCCAUGUACGCGCUCCGCCUCAGCCACAACCGUCUUGAUCUCUUCCACGCAAACGCAACCUCCGGCGGCAGCGGCGAUGUCGUCGACGAUUAG